AUGUCAAAAGCAUUACAUGUCGUUACGGAUGAGGAGGCAGAUAAAAUGAGUAAUAUCUACUGUACCCCAGAACAUCUGCGGGUCGGACGCAAAGCCGUCAAAUUACUCGCAAAGGAGAGCGGUAUCUCAAAAAAAGGUAAUUCAUUGGCUUACAUUACGACACCGAAUAAGAUGAACCAACUGGGUUUAUUGUACAUGCCCCAUGAUCGGUUGUAUGAAAGCAUCUAUAAAUAUAUUCUUACCGGCUUUGACGUGACUUCACGUUACAAAGUAGCAAGACCUCUGCGUACCAAAAAGGCUAGCGAGGUUGCGGAGAUGAUCAAGGACAUUUAUAAGGCUGGACCCCUACGAUACCCAAAGACCUUCCAAUGUGACAAUGGCUCCGAGUUUAAAUCGGAUGCAACGAAGAUGCUGGAAGGCAAAGGGAUUAAGAUCAAUCGGGCCACCACGAGAUAUCGGCACACGUCCACGGCCUUUGUCGAACGUUACAACAAUGUCCUUGCCGAAAGACUCUUUAAGCCCCAAGAUGCCCAGGAAUUGGUUUCUUAG